GGGCGGGGUCGGACGCCCAGCCGACGUGAUGGACGGCGUCAGGCGCCGCGGCAACCGCUUCCUGUUGUCAAUCGUCUGGAGGCCGCAGCGCCCGGUCGGAGGCUUAGGGGUUGCAGCGGCCGGGAGUGCCCCCGACCCCCUCCCGACUCCGUUUGAAGUGAAAUUGGACGUUUAUAGAAGCCCAGGCAGUAUAAUAAAGACAAGCUACCAGAACAAUUCCUUCCUGUGUGUUGGAACAUUUAAGAAAGGACAGCUGUGAAACCUGUGUACCAUGGAAAGGACCUGGCCUCAGCUGGUUGGGACUACAGACCUGAUGGGUGUCAUGUGAUUCUUCUGGGGAGCUGCUGCUUGAGUGGAAAUGCUCUCAGCGGUGGAGAAUGGACUGGACCCCCGGGCUGCCAUCCCGGUCAUCAAGAAGAAGCUAGUGGGCUCCGUGAAGGCACUGCAGAAGCAGUACGUGUCCUUGGACACAGCGGUCACAAGCGAAGACGGAGAUGCCAACAGCAUGUGCAGCGCCCUGGAAGCCGUCUUCAUCCACGGCCUGCACACCAAGCACAUCCGAGCCGAGGCCGGAGGGAAAAGGAAGAAAAGUGCCCACCAGAAGCCUCUGCCUCAGCCCGUCUUCUGGCCCCUCCUGAAAGCUGUCACCCACAAACACAUCAUCUCGGAAUUGGAGCACCUGAUCUUUGUGAGCACGGACGUGGGCCGCUGCCGGGCCUGGCUGCGGCUGGCCCUCAAUGACGGCCUGAUGGAGUGCUACCUGAAGCUGCUGCUGCAGGAGCAGGCCCGCUUGUGCGAGUACUACCAGCCCACGGCCCUGCUCCGGGACGCCGAGGAGGGCGAGUUCCUCCUGAGCUUCCUGCAGGGCCUGACGUCCCUGUCCUUCGAGCUCUCCUACAAGUCUGCCAUCCUAAACGAGUGGACGCUCACCCCGCUGGCCCUCUCCGGGCUCUGCCCGCUCUCGGAGCUCGACCCCCUCACUACCUCUGGAGCGGAACUACAGCGGAAGGAGUCUCUGGAUUCCAUCUCCCAUUCCUCAGGCUCGGAGGACAUCGAGGUCCAGCACUCGGGCCAUAAGAUCCGACGGAACAGGGGGCUUAUGGCCUCCUCCCUCAGUCUGGACACGGCUAGUUCGUCCCAGCUCUCUUGCAGCCUCAACUCUGACAGCUGCCUGCUCCAAGAGAAUGGCUCUAAGAGUCCAGACCGUUCCGAGGAGCCCAUGUCCUGCGACUCAGACCUGGGGACGGUAAAUGCUGACGAUUCAGACCUGUCUCUGCAAGAGGUGUUGUCGGAAUUCAGCAAAGCCCAGGUAAACUCUGUGCCAACCGACAGACUGAGCCAAGAAACGGAGGUUCCCCCACUGCAGGCCUUGCUCGCCCUCCGCGGCCUGGACACCAGCACACCCCUGCACUUUGAGGUACCUGCAGAGCCCCGCCCCGCCCAAGCAUCCCCUGGGACUCGAGAUGGGGACCACAAGCAGGAGCCGCUUUCCCAGGCACCUGGCCCCCUGGGCUGGCCACAGCCGGCCAGUGCCCAAGCUGUCCCUUCGGGGAGCACUUCAGGCCAGCAGCCUCCUAGUCCUGUGAGGGAGGCGACCAGAGCAGUCGGCCAAGGAAGUGGCCAGAAGAAGCCUCCGGAGGCGGAUGGACCUUGGCUGAGCCUUGUGGUUCCCUCACCCACCAGUCCGAAAAGCACGAGCUGGAUCUCAGAAGAUGACUUCUACCGGCCUCCCCAGGAACAGCCCGCGGAGAGUCCUUCCCAUGCUUCCGUGGCUUCUCCCAGAGGGACUCCAGAGCCAAGGCCUGGCCUCCUCUCGCAAGGACCAAGAAGAAGCUGUUCCAUGGAGGCCUUAGACAAAGCUUGCGUGCCUUCCCCAGGAAGCAGGAGAAGCAAGGCCACCCCGACGCCGGAGCAUAAGAACUUCAGGGUGGUGCAUCGCAGGCAGAUGGGGCUGUCUAACCCAUUCCGGGGGCUCCUGAAGCUGGGCACGGUGGAGCGGCGGGGGGCCAUGGGCAUCUGGAAGGAACUCUUCUGUGAGCUCUCCCCGCUGGAGCUGCGCCUCUACCUGAGCGGCGAGGAGCGCACCUGCGUGGAGAACUGCUCACUGCUGCGCUGUGAGUCCGUGGGGCCGGCCCACAGCGACGGCCGCUUCGAGCUGGUCUUCUCGGGCAAGAAGCUGACCCUGCGCUCCUCGUCCCGGGAUGAAGCCGAGGACUGGCUGGACCGUGUGCGCGAGGCGCUGCAGAAGUGCCGGCGGCCCCAGCAGGAGGAGGAGUGGGUGACCAUCCAGUACCCAGACCAGCCCGAGGACCCUCCAGAGGCCCCCCAGGGUGGCCGCCCCUCCCACUCGGACCUGCUCUCGGAGCCUGAAACCCCGCAGGGCCCGCAGUUUGACUGGUCUUCUUCCCAGGUUCCCGAGCCCGAUGCUAUUAAAGAAUCCCUUCUGUACCUGUACACAGACCGGACCUGGAUGCCCUAUAUCUUCUCCCUGUCCUUGGAGUCUCUGAAGUGCUUCCGCGUGAGAAACAAUGAGAAGAUGUUAAGUGACAGCCAUGGAGUCGAGACCAUCCGAGAUAUCCUGCCGGACACAAGCCUUGGGGGCCCAUCCUUCUUCAAAAUCAUCACGGCCAAGGCCAUCCUGAAGCUGCAGGCCGGGAACGCUGAGGAGGCCGCCCUGUGGAGGGACCUGGUGCGCAAGGUCCUGGCGUCCUACCUAGAGACGGCUGAGGAGGCAGUGACACUCGGUGGGAGUCUGGAUGAAAACUGUCAGGAGGUGCUGAAGUUCGCCACGCGGGAGAACGGCUUCCUGCUGCAGUACCUGGUGGCCAUCCCCACGGAGAAAGGCCUCGACUCCCAGGGCUGCUUCUGUGCAGGCUGCUCCCGGCAGAUCGGCUUCUCGUUUGUACGGCCCAAGCUCUGUGCCUUCUCUGGCCUCUAUUACUGUGACAUCUGCCAUCAAGACGAUGCCUCAGUGAUCCCGGCCAGGAUCAUCCACAACUGGGACCUCACCAAGCGCCCGGUGCUCACCAAACGGCCCUCCUGUCUCACCCUCGCUGCCUGGUGGUGUCCCCAGGUCUGCAGGCAGGCCCUGAAGUUCCUGACGCAGAUCCGGGCCCAGCCCCUCAUCAACCUGCAGCUGGUGAACGCGUCUCUGUACGAGCACGUGGAGCGGAUGCACCUCAUCGGUAGGAGCCGGGAACAGCUGAAGCUCCUGGGGGAUUACCUGGGCCUGUGCCGAAGCGGAGCCCUGAAGGAGUUGAGCAAGAGACUCAACCACAGGAAUUAUCUCUUGGAGUCUCCUCACAAGUACAGUGUCGCGGACCUCCAGCAGAUCGCGGACGGGGUGUAUGAAGGAUUCCUCAAGUCCCUGAUCGAAUUUGCCUCCCAGCACGUCUACCACUGCGACCUGUGCACCCAGCGCGGCUUCAUCUGCCAGAUCUGCCACCACCAUGACAUCAUCUUCCCCUUUGAGUUUGACACCACAGUCAGUUAUUGCUCAUUAUCAGAGGCCUCUAAAUGGAAAAAUUCAUCCACCAAACCUCCAUUCCAACCCAUGUGGGAGUGGAAAACUGAACUGGUGGGAGCAUUCAUUCAUUUUCAGUGUGGCGAAUGCAAGACCGUCUUCCACCAGAGCUGUCAGGCCGUGAUGAAGAAGGGCUGCCCCCGCUGUGCCCGCCGGCGCAAGUACCAGGAACAGAGCACUCUCGCCUAACCCCAUUUCCUGUCCCCACCGGGGACCCGGGGCUCAGCCAUCCCAGCUGGGUUGGCCAUCAGCCUGGGUCACGCUUUCAAGGUGUCACAGAUGUCUCCCUUGUCAGGAAGACUCUCGGAUGUGAUCAGAGCAUGAGCCUAUGAGAGGGAGCCUUGGGAGCUCUUGAUGACACCUCCUGCCCCCCACCCACCUGCUCCAGGAGGCCGGGACACCAGCAGAUGCCCCUGUCUGAGGAUGCGGGAGGAGAGGGGCUUUGCACUAAUUGGCCCGGAUCCCCUCACUGACACACCAUCUCCAUUAGGGCUGUUCAAACACUGUGGAAAUAAGACUUGGGAAGCAUUUUCAAUUCCACAUUCCUGAUUAAAAGGCCUAGUUUUUUUAAGGUGGGUUUUUUCCCUUCAUAUUUCAACAGAAAAUAUUUUUUUAUUCUUGACCCUCCACAAGUCACCCAAGAAAUCCAGGCACUCUCACCCUGAGCAAAUGUGCAGGAACUGCUCAGGCCAGGCCUGUAGGCGGGUGGCAGCUGGGUGGACAGGCCCCCUAGGACAGAGCCUGACAGCUGGCGGGUGCCUUUCCUUCCCCGUCACCGAGCGCUCGCUGCCGACAGCUCCUGUACAACGUGCCAAACCCCCGGGGGGCCAGGCAGGCUCAGUCCUGAGGACCGUGUGUUUCCUCUCCCUCUCCUCUCUGCUCCCCGCCCCCUCCUCACCUGAAAAGCCCAUCACUUCCUCCAUGUCAGAGCCCCUGGCUCUCCCAUAGCCUGGGAUCUUGGUCCCGCAGGAGGAGGGGAGUGACUCGGAACCAGCACUGUCAGCACUUUGAGCCUUCCUUGGUCCAGGGAAGGGUCGCCAUCUAGCCCACCCCUCAGCCCCCCGCCCUCCUCACUCCUACCACUGACAAGCAGCCAGCCGGGCGGGGGACUGCUGCAGACGCAGGAAUGCAUCCCUGCCUGACUGACCCCCACCGGGACAGAGGUAGGCUGGGUCCCCACUGUGGAACAGUGACCCUCGUCCUUCCACGAAGAGUGUCAGCCCUGCUGCUGAGAUGUGCAGGGACACGCAGGAGAAGCCACCCUCGUGGAAGGAUGCUCAGCCUCAGUUUACAAAGCCAUGAGAGUUCACAAAGCUUUGCUGGACUGGCCCAGGAGGGGCGCUGCCGAGAGACUGGAAAAUUUCACUGGAGCACAAUUGCCUUUUGAAGGGGUCUUGGGGUGGAGCCUGGAAUUGUUUUCAAAGUGAUAUUUAGACCCUUGGGGUUGGGGGGUGAAAUCUGGGCAUGAUUUCUCUGUUGCCUCCCCCCCCCCCCACCUCUCCUGGAUCCAGCAGGCCCCCCUCAGCCCUGGGGUCUUCUGGCCAUCCUAUCUGCACUUAGCUUGGAUUGGGGGCCUUAGGUGGAGAUCCGCCUUCACUGUCAAGAUACGAACCUACUCCCACCUCUCCCUUGGGCUGAUUUGGCUGCUGAGUCACCUGCCCGGCCCUGUGGAGCUGGAUAAAUUGUGCAAUAGAAUCGAGGAGGUGGUAGGUGGAUGGGGGAGGGGGCUGUCACACAGCUUCCCUAUCCCCAUCACGGAAGAUGGUGCACACCUGUGCCCAGCGCACCAAAGAAAGUGGAUCCUUACCCCCAUCCCCACCCCCCAUAGCCAGCAUUAAUGCUCCACCACAAACACAGCCUGAUCAGAGCCGUAAGUGGUCCAGAUCCCUGAGUGAGCCUGGGGUGGGCAGUGCCGCGUGAGCCCAGCCCUGUUUCCUCAGGCCUGUGAGUAUAUUCUGUAUUCCAGAGGGUCCCUAGGAGGCAGCAGGAGUGAGGCCCUGGAGGAGCUCACUUUGGUCUGGCGGGGCCUGGCACGCCCCACUCCCCGCCCUCCCUGAGAUCAGUAGCCUUAGAGCUGCCCCUCCCCCAUACCAAAAAGCUGCUGAUGCUUUCGGAUGAGUUGACUUUUAACCCCCUCACCUCCAAUGGGAAGCUGAUGUGAACCUCGGUAGUGCCCACACUAUUUUUAAAAUUUCAUUUUAUGCAAUAAACUUUCUAGUGAGGGGCCCUGGCCCUGAGAAGUGCUUUGCAAUGUACCGAAGGAACUGCUGCGUGUGAUUUUUGAAUGAUUUUGCAGUAAAGACCUGAUCUUUCUAA